UCGAUCUAAUGACAGGGCUAUGGUGGCGCCAUCCAAUGUGUCGCUCCAUGAAUUAUAGGCAGCUCAGCUCUCCAACCUUCCCUUUUAAUGUUGUCGAACGCCUUUACCAUUUUCCCUUUCUCAGAGUCUCUUUAGACUAAUGUUGCACUGAGGGGCAAAUAACUACCGGAGUACAGCGGUACACCUGGAUAAAUGCACAUCCCAAACCGAAACAGAAACACAGACAGCAUGCCAACAGAGCCGAACCUGCCCGGUCCAGAUGGGGUCAACAGUAACUGUGCCAUCUGUGGAGACAAAGCCACAGGGAAGCACUAUGGAGCCUCCAGCUGUGACGGCUGCAAAGGCUUCUUCAGACGCUCCAUACGCAAGAGCCACGUCUACACCUGCAGGUUCAGCAGACAGUGCAUCGUGGAUAAAGAUAAGAGGAACCAGUGUCGUUUCUGCAGGCUCAACAAAUGUUUCAGGGCUGGCAUGAAGAAAGAAGCUGUGCAGAAUGAGAGAGAUCGUAUCAGUUCCCGCAGAAAUGUCUCUGACUCCCAAGACGUGCCACCUAUCACUAUUUUGGCACAAGCAGAAUCGCUCUCCCAACAGAUCACUCCUCCAGUUGGAAUAGUAGACAUAUCAGAGCAGAAGUCAGCCACGGUUGGAGAUGUUUGUGAUUCCAUGAGACAACAGUUAUUGGUGUUGGUGGAAUGGGCCAAAUAUAUCCCUGCCUUUGGAGAACUGCCACUGGAUGACCAGGUUAGCUUGCUCAGGGCCCAUGCAGGUGAACACCUCUUGCUUGGGGUCGCCAAAAGGUCAAUGCCAUUCAAGGACUUCCUGCUUUUAGGUAAUGGCUGUGUGAUCCACAGAAACAGUCCUGAACCAGAGAUCUGUCGGGUAGCCAACCGAGUUCUGGACGAGCUGGUCCAGCCUUUCCAGGAUAUUCAAAUAGACGAGAACGAGUAUGCAGCACUCAAGGCAAUUGUCUUCUUUGACCCAGAUGCGAAGUCUUUACGGAACCCAUUGAAGAUAAAGGCCAUGCGUCUGCAGGUCCAGAUGAGUCUGGAGGACUACAUUAACGACCGUCAGUAUGACUCUAGGGGUCGUUUUGGGGAGCUGUUACUCCUGCUACCCACCUUGCAGAGCAUCACCUGGCAGAUGAUUGAACAACUCCAGUUCAUUAAGCUCUGUGGCCUGGCCAAGAUAGACAACCUGCUGCAUGAGAUGCUGCUGGGAGGUCUUACGUCAGAGCCCACACACCCGCACCACCCAGCACACACCCAGCUGGCCCAGGACCCUUUGACUGGACACACUCUGGUCAUCAGCACUGUGCCUGUCGCUCACACUCCACUGAUAGCCUCUCCAGACACUCCCAUCCCAUCGCCGCCUCAGGGUCCGACCCCUGAGAAGUACAAACACUUUCCCCAGCAUCAGUGUCCUCCAGCCAGCCCCUCGUCUUCCACAUAGACAGAUCUCUUACUUCUCCCUGCACUCUGUCAAAGAAGCUGACAUGGGAUCAGUUUCCUUUCGUCUCUUCAUCAUCUCGGUCAUGGUGUAAAAAUUAUGAAAGUGAUGCCUAUUCAGCGUCUGUGGGCAGACUUUACUUUGCUUGUUUCCCACUGUGACUUCUGGUGGGGUUUCAAUAGAGCAAACAUCUUUAAAGUUGCUAUUUGCAGCACUUUCAGAUGUCGAUAAGUCACUCUGAACUAAUAGUGAACUGAAUAGUGAAAUGAAAAAAAAAACAAAAGAAAACAAAAACAACAUACUGCACAUAUUUGUGGUCACCUAAAACUAAUUUACUGGUUUUCACACAGGAUCUCAGUUCCCAACACUUUCAUGUCAGCAAGGUACAAGCUCAUAAACAGAAAAUGAUCAUCAUCAUGGCAAAUCAAUACUAAACCUGUGCAUUGUUUGAAUUGUAAAUUGUAUUGACUAAUGUCUUGCUUGAUUUGACAUGGAUGUUCAAGUAAAACGAUGAGGUUGAUGAAUGUGAGUGAUGAUAAUGUUCAGAUGUACAAAAUAUCAUCUAAUUAUAAGUUUCACAGGCAAGAAAAAUGGAGAAAAAAAAAACAAAUUGUUGCUGGACAUCAAAAAAAUGAUCUGUUUUGUAUAUACGAUACAACCUAUUAACUGGUCUAAGAUGAGCUAUUGUGUUUUAAAGAACUUCAGAAAUGUUGCUGAUGUUUUUCAGGAUUUAGACUGUACACAUCAUGGAGUCUACAGAGGAAAUCAAUGUUUCAACACUUGGAUUUGUAAAAAGAAAACAAGAGAGAGAUUCAGUGGUUUGUAUUUAAUACCAGACAUUAAUACGUAUAACUUACCUAUUGACAUGUAGAUGUUUUUAAUAUAGAUGUAUUCAGCAGCUGCAACGCAAUGUAAUUGUUAUGUUCAUCUUAACCACAAGCUCCUUAACAGGAGUUCCACUGUUAAUAAUAAUAAUAAUAACAAUAAUAACAAUGACAACAGUUUUAUAAACAGACCUCAUGUAAAAUGCUAAAAGGAAUGUGGAUAAAUUGUAAUAUUUUAAAAUCUUACUGUAUAUAGUCAAAUGCAUUAUAGCAAAUAUUUGGAUCACCAGUUUUAAACGGUGUUGCUUUUUUCAGUUUGUAGAAUCGACUGUGUGUUUUUUAUUUUGGUUGGUGUUGAUAAUGUGUAUGCUUCUUAAUUUUUACAGUGCAUUGAUUAAAGUGCAAUUUUGAUUUUU